UCGACGCGCCUAAGCUGGAGACCUUCUGCAUCGUUCACAACGAUCGUUGCAGCUUCGACAGGAUCGUCGACGUACGUACUUCUAAUUAAGCUGCAUUUGCUUUGUUUAGUGAGAUCGCAUGUCGGCUGGCCUGAUAUUGUGCUUCAUGUUUCGUAAAAAGCAUGUAGGUGCUGAUAGCCCGACAACGAUGGCGCGCACCGUCAAGAUCUUGGCUUUUAGAGUGCGCUUUUUUAGUCUGGAUAUGAUUAUUGACUUCCUCAGACUCUUUCCCUGCCUGGAGAAGCUGUACAUGCAGAAUGAGUGCAAUGCUCUUUUCCGGUCAAUGUCAAGGCAAAAAGGGCCGAAGAAUUGCUGGCGUCGCAAACAUCGAGAUCUUGAUAUCACAUGCCUUGAUGUUCAUCUGAAGACAAUAGUGUUGGAAUCCUACCGGGGAGGUCUGUCCGAGGUCAACUUCGCCACAUUCUUUGUACUGAACGCGAGAGCGCUAGAGUCAAUGACGUUUCAGGUGAAAACCACCGACGGGGAGUUCAUCGCGAGACAGAUGAGGUUGCUUCAGGUGGAGAAGAGGGCAUCAAGGGGCGCUGAUUUGUAUGACUGCCACUGA